AUGGAUAAAGGGAAGAAGAUGCAACUCGAGAGAAUGUUUGGAUAUUGCUGGGGCACAAGUUUUUUAAUCAUUAGUAUAAUUGGUCUAGGACUUUCUGUGGCCCCCAAAGGGGUAUUGAAGUACUUUUGCAUGAAUGUGGGGCUCUCCCUGUGUGUUUGGGCUGCUUGUGCCCUGUUGUCCAUGAUGACCACUCUCUGCUCAGCAGAGAUCGGUAUAACCUUCCCACACAGCAGAGCUCACUACUAUUUUCUCAAAAGAUGUUUCGGUAACUUGAUCUCUUUCCUGGAUCUCUGGACAGCUUUGUUUCUGGGGCCAGGGUUAGCUGCCAGCCAAGCCCUACUCCUUGCUGAGUAUAGCACUGAGCCUUUUUAUCCCAGAUGCUCUGCUCCAAAGCUGCCAAAGAAACGUCUGGCGCUAGCCAUGUUGCGGACUGUGGGAAUUCCGAAUUCUCGCAGUGUGAAAGAGGUGACUUGGCUUCAGCCAGCCAGCCUAGUGCUGAAAAUGGCCCCACCAGCCCUUAUUUCUCUGGGUGGAGAGGUACUGCUGUUGAGAGGAAGGAAGAGCUUUCAGAACUCUUGAUACUGAGUUUCCAGAAGCCUCUGAUUUAUAGACGCUGUUUUCCAAGGAUAUUUUGCAUUCUCAGGCGGGGGAUGUUUUACAUUUAUAGCAGGGGAGCUGAAGAAACCCAGAAAGACAAUUCCAAGAUGCAUUUUUACUGCUUUACCUCUGGUGACUAUCAUUUAUCUACUGGUUACUAUUUCCUACCUGCCUGUUCUGACACCCAAGGAAAUUCUCUCUUCAGGAGAGCCCUUUAAUCAUAGAAAAGGAAAUAAGCAAAACCUUGGCGGUGUGUCUUUUCCAUUACCAUUGGUAACAAUGGCCAUCAGCCUAUGUUUGGUUUUGAUCCCAUUUGAGUCCCCACAUAAGCAUUAUAUCUACGUGUGUCUCUUUGUUCUCAGUGGACUUCUGUUUUACAUACCUUUAAUAUGUUUUAGAUUGAGGCUGGUUUGGUUUGAAAAGAUGAGACGCUAUUUACAAUUGCAGUUUAAUAUUUGCAUCCCUGAUGUAUCUGAAGAACAGAUGUCAGAAGUAGAAACUGUUAAAAAAAAAUAG